UUAUGUUGGAGUAAAAAAAAUAAAAACGGACAUUUAUUUCCUGUGCUCUGUCGCCCCCUUCAGGCACAGAGCGGUAUUACUACGAUAGGCCACAAUAGGCGGUGGGAGUGGACAAACCCGAGCCGAGCCAGCAGCUUGGCGGUGCGUCCUCACGGAGAAUCACUCUUGUUUGGUGCUGAUACCAUCCGUUGUUCGCCAAACAACGAGCCGCUGGAAGGAUGUAUUGAUCUGUUCGCCCGCAGAGUGAGCGCUUCCCCCAGCGGAUCCCUCCAUGCGUCACCCCCGGGAAUGGAUCAGGAAUCCGCUGCGGCGUCUGGGGCCAGUUUGAUCUCCCUGACCGAACAUGAGCAGAGGUAUUACUCAGGUCUCCACGCUCUGUGCCAGGCUGACGCUCCGGGAAAGCUGUCGUCCUGCAAAGUGGCGGAGCUGUUCAAGGCGUCUCAGCUACCUCCAGAAUCCCUGCAUAAAGUGACAGAGAUAUGUGGCGCAAAGCACCUGGGUUACUUCGGUACAGCCCAGUUCUACAUCGCCCUGAAGCUGCUAGCGGCCGCCCAGUCCGGUCUGCCCGUCCGCCUGGAGAGCGUAGCCGGCAAUCUACCUCUGCCCAGAUUCGCUGGGCUUAAGAAUGAGCCGGAGAUGCGAUACGCCGCGGCUCCUCCCGCCUCCGACCCCCAGGGGGCGCCGCCUGGUUCUGUGGCCUGGAACGCUGCAGACAGGAGCUCCUUCAGACACCUGGAGGCCAAUGCAGACAAGAAGCCUGAGCCGUGGUCCCCACCUCGAUCACCGUGCGGCUCGCCGCCUCGCUCUCCUUUGACGUAUCGCAGCUAUCCCUACUCAAAGCAGAGGAACGGCGUGGACGCGCAGAUCCCCUACGACGGCAAACUCUCCUCACGGUCGAUCGUUCAGCUGGAGCAGCACUCCUCGCCCGGCCACUAUGUGAACAAACCCGCUGCCGAACAUGCAGCCGUGGCUCAGGCUUCUUCUGCAGAGAGACUCAACCAGCCGGCCACGCUGAGCUACUCUGACGACGACCCCUGGAGGAUCACAGCGGAACAGCUGGACUAUUACACCAACCAGUUUAAAACCCUCCAGCCCGACCUGGGGGCUCUAAUCAUAGGAGCUGUAGCGAAGAACUUCUUCACUAAAUCCAAGCUGCCUAUCCCGGAGCUCUCCCACAUUUGGGAGCUGAGCGAUGUGGAUCGGGACGGAGCGCUGACCUUCACCGAGUUCUGCAUAGCCUUUCACCUGAUUGUGGCCCGGAAGAACGGCUACCCGCUUCCAGAGAGCCUCCCCCCGACCCUGCAGCCGGCGCCGGCUCAGCACCAAGAGGAGCAGAUCCCCGACACUCCCGAGAGUUCGGAGCCUCUGAUUGUCUUCGAGGAUGCGGAGCCGAGGUCCUGUCAGGUGGUAAAGGAUCCAAACAGCGUAGCAAGGCUUGACCCAACCCUGGCCUCAAGGAAACAAGAACUGCAAGAGGAAUCCCUUAAUCAAGGUAAGUAUGGUCUAAAAUUAACUGCUUCUCAUUAACAAAAGCACUUAACCAAAACUGAAAGUGUCACUGCUGUGUUUCUGUUUCAUGUCGCCUCAGAGUCGCAUCAGGAAUUAGACCCGCAGAUGAGAACAAAAACGAGACAAAGGUCGUACUCCAGCACUUCCAUCGACGACGCCAUAAAGAAGGUGGAGGAGCCGCCCACGCCUCCGCCCCGCCCUCAUAAGACCCACUCCAGGGCCUCCUCGCUGGACCUCAACAAGCUCUUCCAGCAGGGCGCUCCAGGGGUGAAAAGCGGAUGGCUGCUGCCUCCUCCAGCUCUGCCUCCCAGACCGUCGGCCUCACAGGUUCCUCAUUUCCUCAAGGUGUCGGAGCAAGCUUCCCAGAGUAAAGUUCAGCAGCCGAACUUUGCUGACUUCAGUCACUUUAGAGAAGAGGAGGAGAGCGGCGUGAAGCUGGAAGAGCAGGGUCUGGCCUCCAGGUUUGGACUGAGUUCUGAAGACCUAGGAAGCGCUUCCCAACAGGACGUCUCCGGCACGCCUCACGGUCAGGCGCCACAAAAGCCGAUUCGGAGGAAGUACCACCCGGAGAGCCAGAACCUGGAGACCGGAGCGCCGCCCCCUGCCAUGCCGCUCCUACCGCCUGCCAAAACCAGCCAAAGGCUGCUGUCCCGACAGAAGAGAGAAAUCCAGAUGGCGAUCCGUAAGAACCGGGAGACCAACGCCGUGCUGCGGCGUCUCAACAGCGAGCUCCAGCAGCAGCUGAAGGUGGUUCACCAGGAGAGAGUCACCUUGGAGUCCCAGCUGGAGCUCCUGCGGCCCCUGGCCUCGACGUGACGGGUCGCCGAGGUCCGGCUGGGGUCGCCGAGGUCCGGCUGGGGUCGCCGAUGUCCAGCUGGGGUCGCCGAGCCAGCAUUUGCGUCAAAACCCAUCAGCUCGGAUUCGGUUAAAGAGAGCAACGUUUUGAUGCUGAAGUUUAGGUUUUUCUUAUAAACGCAAUGUAAAUCUCAAAGGGCUCAGACAUUUUAGAAGCAAAAAUCGAAUUGUUGACUUGACAAACGGGGAAUCCUUGUUUAAUCAGGAACCCCCGAACCCAAUCACUAUUAGAUUUAAUGAUGUGAAGGAAAAAAUAAAAUUGUGCUUUUUUUUUUUAAAUAUCAUUGUAUGUCAGCACAUGUAAAAUAUGACGACUAACUUAUUCUUUCCUUUCUGAUGUCUUGUUAGUUUCUACAUGUAAACGUUUGCACCACAUGUAGUAGUUUGCACACACUCCUGUGAGUCUGAAUGUCCAUUUCCUGUGGCAAUCACGACAACUUGUGUUUUUAAAUUUACAGGGCGUCGCAUUAGUCCCAGCAUAUAUCAUAUGAAGCAGAUAAAGGUGCUACAGAUUCCAUUUUCCAUCUUAAAAAUAUAAAUACAGCGGGAAAAGAGGUAGGCAAAAAAAAAAAAAAACUUGAGUAUGUGAGACUAAAAUGCAGAACGACACACUGAAGAAUGUUAACUGAUUUUUAUCAGAUCUGCACAAUUCACUUGAAAAGUUGCUGUUUUUGAUUUAAACCAGUCUUUUUUAAUAUAUUCUUGUAAUUUUUGAACUUUGAUGCCAGUUUUACUUUACCUCCUCCUGACGAUAUCCCAUAUGCGCUAGAUGAGUUUGAGCCCACAUCUACAGCUUGCUUUCUGCCAUUAGUUUGAUUCACAGGAUGAUCGAGGAGUUGGUGAGCUCCAUGUUGGCAUGUCUGUUACUGCAUGUGUGCUAAGAUGUUGUGAACUGGAUUGUGAAAAUAACUUGAAGUCAUGCACCGACGAGAUGCAAAUCAGAACAGUCAAUAAAGAUGUCUAUUUUUAA